UUUUUUUGCUGCAAUUUCUUUUCAGUUUACGUUUUGCCACAAACAUAAUUUCCAAAAUAAAAGUGGACAAGCAAAAUGGCACUAACCUCGAGAUACUACAACGAAAAAUAUCCGGAAAUUGAAGAUGUCGUCAUGGUGAACGUGCUCUCAAUAGCCGAAAUGGGCGCUUACGUCCAUUUGCUGGAGUACAACUGCAUUGAGGGCAUGAUUUUGCUGUCGGAGUUGUCGCGUCGUCGCAUACGUUCCAUUAACAAAUUGAUACGUGUGGGCAAAACAGAACCGGUUGUUGUCAUCCGUGUGGAUAAGGAGAAGGGCUACAUUGAUCUAUCCAAGCGUCGCGUUUCCCCCGAGGAUGUCGAGAAGUGCACGGAGCGAUUUGCUAAGGCGAAGGCAAUCAACUCAUUGUUGCGUCAUGUUGCCGACAUUUUGGGCUACGACAGCAGCGAGAAGUUGGAGGAACUCUACCAGAAGACCGCCUGGUAUUUUGAAAAGAAAUACAAUAGCAAAACGGUUGCGUACGACAUCUUUAAGCAAUCGGUGACAGAUCCGUCAGUGUUCGAUGAAUGCAACCUGGAUGCGGAGACGAAGGAAGUGCUGCUGAGCAAUAUUAAACGCAAACUGGUCUCGCCCACGGUGAAAAUACGCGCCGAUAUCGAGUGCUCGUGCUAUGGCUACGAGGGCAUCGAUGCCGUCAAAGCGUCGCUCAGCAAAGGACUCGAGCUGAGCACCGAGGAACUGCCCAUACGCAUCAAUCUGAUAGCGCCGCCACUCUAUGUGAUGACCACAUCCACCACAAAGAAGACAGAUGGGCUAAAGGCUCUGGAGGUGGCCAUUGAGAGUAUACGCGCCAAGAUUAUCGAGUUCGAGGGCGAAUUCAAAGUGAUAAUGGCACCCAAACUGGUUACGGCCAUCGAUGAGGCCGAUUUGGCACGUCGCCUGGAGCGCGCCGAGGCAGAGAACGCUCAAGUGGCUGGCGAUGAUGAUGAGGAGGAUGCCGCCGAUCAGGAGGGUAUGCAGUUUGAUCCCGAGAAGGAGUUCAAUCACAAAAACGCCUCGCGUCCCACUGAAGAUGACGACGACGAAGACGAUGACGAAGAGUAGAAGCAACAUCAGUUCACCCUCAGCCUACAGCAACAACAACAACAGCAACAACAUCUAGCAAUCAAAAUGUA